UAAAUUUUCUUAUAUAUACUGAACCCUCCCCCUUCAACUAUGUAAAACACAGACAAAUUAAGCUUCCCUAGGCUGCAGCUUACUUCUCUAUUCGGGAUAUACCGGAUAUAUUUGGUUUGAUUUAUCCAGCAUUUCAGCAAUAUAUAUUACAAAUACAUAUCACAUCAACUAUAGACACUAAUACAAUCAUGUCAGCUAGCGAUAAAACACCGCGACUGCCAGGUCAGCUGCCCGUCCGUACAAUUCCCGGCAGCUACGGGUGGCCGGUGUGGGGGCCAUUUGUGGACCGUUUAGACUAUUUCUGGUUCGAGGGAGCUGACACAUUUUUUAGGAAGAGGAUGGACAAGAACAAGAGCAGCGUGUUUCGAACCAAUAUUCCUCCCGCAUUCCCGUUUUUCACCUCUAUUAAUCCGAAUAUAAUUGCUGUGCUUGAUGUGAAAUCGUUCUCGCACUUGUUUGAUAUGGAGCUUGUGGAGAAGAAAGACGUACUCGCCGGAGAUUACAUGCCGAGUACGAGUCUGACGGGAGAUAUACGUACCUGUAUAUAUCUUGAUACUACUGAGCCCCGACAUGCUCAGCUGAAGAACUACAUUCUAGACAUCCUAAAACGGAGCAGAAGGACAUGGAUCCCCAGUCUCACCGCAAACCUAGACACCAUGUGGAACUCCAUCGACUCCGACAUCUCGAAAUCAAAAUCCGGCGACACGGCCUUCGACGUGCCCUUAAAAAAGUUCCUCUUCAGCUUCCUAGCUCGAGCCCUAACCGGAGCCGACUCAUCAAAAUCACCUGAAAUAUCCGAAAAAGGAUACUCCUGGCUCGAACGCUGGCUCCUCAUCCAACUCGUCCCCACCAUCAAGCUCGGCCUCUGUCAGCCCUUCGAAGAAAUCUUUCUUCACUCGUUCGUCUACCCUUCUUUUCUCGUCACUGGCGGCUACGACAAAGUCGCUGAGUUUGUUAAAAAAGAAGGCUCGGAAGUGCUGAACCGCGGCACGACUGAGUUCGGACUCAGUGCACAGGACUCGCUUCAUAACCUCAUGUAUGUGCUAGGGUUUAACGCAUUCGGCGGACUCCUAGCUUUUCUCCCCACGAUUUUAAAAAUUCUCGGAAACGACAAAACAGGGUUGCAGGAGAAACUUGCGAAAGAAGUAAGAGAUACAUGCAAGGCCGACUCACUGAGUUUCGACUCGGUGACGCAACUCGACCUGGUCAACUCGUUCGUCUUCGAAGCUCUCCGGCUCAACCCGCCCGUUCCUCUCCAGUUCGCUAGGGCGAGAAAGGAUUUUACACUGAGUUCGCAUGACUCGGGAUUUGAAGUGAAGAAAGGGGAGGUGCUCUGUGGGUACCAGCCUCUCGUAAUGAGAGAUGGGAACGUGUUUGAUGAACCGGAGAAGUUUGUUGCGGAUCGGUUUACGAAAGACAAGGGGACCGAGUUACUGAGUUACGUGUUCUGGUCGAACGGGUCACAGACCGGGUCACCGAGUGCGGAUAACAAGCAGUGUCCUGCGAAAGAUUAUGUGCCUGUGACGGCGGCUUUGUUCGUGGCUCAUUUGUUUCAGAGGUAUGAUUCGAUCACGCUUGACUCUUCUGGGUCAAAGAUCACAGCACUCGAAAAGGCUAAGCAUGCAUAAUGUCUACGCCCGAGGUUCGAGCGCUGGCUCGGGUUCGAGAUCAAAUGUAAUUUGGUGCACGUGGAUGGGAUAUUUAUUUACUGGCAAUUUUAUUAAGAAUCAAACAUACGUUACUGAUUUGUUUGGGGUAGGUAACAUGCGAACUUUAAUAGUAAUUUGUUUAGAUGGUGUUUUGUGUUUUAUGUCAUUAUGUGUUUGGUCCGAUCUGAAUAGAAUCUCAAAUGUUUGUAAAUUACUGUAUGUUUAUAAAUGUUGUGAAUAAUUUACGAAAAAGCAGGUAUUGUCGAUGAAA